CAGCUCACUACCAAGAGCUGCCAGAGCUCUGUCUGCAGGACUGUUACCAUGUGGCACGCAAUCCUUCUCUCCUGCUUUCUGAGAAUUUCAUCAGCCUGUGAGUUUGAGCCAUCAUCCCCUCAAGAGACUGGGAUAGUCUGCAGGGUAACGAAGCCAGCCGCCUUGGUGUUGAAUGAGAAGACAACGGAAGUUAUUCAGGCUGCAUUUAGGCAUGCGUCUUUUCCUGACAUCAGCGGAGAGAAGGGUGUCAGAUUUAUGGGAGCAGUCACCUACGGUCUGACCAAUAUCCAGAUCAGUAAUUUGUCAAUAGAAAACAGUGAAGUGGAACUAAAGGAAGAUGAUGCUGUUGAAAUUAUGAUCAAGAACGUCAGCGCGUCUUUCAAAGGAACUUUGAAUUAUGGAUAUGGGUCGUGGUUCGUGAAGGUUGAACAAUCAGUUGACUUUGAAAUCUUUUCCUCCACUGAUUUACAAGUAAACACAAAACUAACUUGUGGGAAUAAGCGUGUUGCUGCAGACACGUCUGACUGUUACCUGACCUUUCAUGACCUGGUCUUACACCUGCAUGGAAACAAGGAGCCUGGCUGGCUGAAGCAGCUUUUCACAAACUUUAUUUCAUUCACACUAAAACUGGUGCUUAAAAGUCAGAUAUGUAAAGAAAUUAAUUAUGUGGCCAACCUGCUUGCUAGCUUUAUCCAGGACAGAGCAGAGAACUUCCUGAGUGAUGGAGAUAUUGGAGUGAAUAUUGAUGUCACAUCCUUUCCGGUCAUAAAAGAAAACUACAUGGAGUCUCAUCACAAGGGUCUUCUGGCCUAUAAGAACCUCACUGUUUAUUAUAACAGUUCCACCUUUUCCCCUUCCCUGUUAACAGACAACAGGAUGCUGUACUUUUGGUUUUCUGAGUAUGUCCUGGACUCCCUAGUAUUGGCCUAUUUUCUUGAUGAGCGCUUGGUUCUGAGACUCACAGGAGGUGAGCUUAAGGACAUUCUGAAGGAUGAUAAUACGGAAUCACACCAACAAAUCUUAAAAGAGAUCCUGCAUGACCUUCCAGUGGACCAAACUGUGACAAAAGUAUGGAGCCUCACUGCUCCUCGAAUCCAAAUCACCGCAAAGGGGACAAUUGUUACCUCGUCUGUAGCUGUACAAAUAAACACAUCUUCCUCAACAGAUUUAUAUUUUGAAAUGGAAAUUGUUACCGCAGUCCAGGCCUCCUAUGCAGACAAGAAACUUAUGUUACACCCAUCUGAUUCUGUAGUUCAUAUUAAUGACUUCAGGAGCACCUUGACAGUUCCUGUGAUCGAGGAAUUUCUGCAAAGGACGGUAUCUGAGUUUGGGAUUCCAGCUGUUGUGAAACGUUUGGAGUCAGCUUUGACAUCACUGAUGAACAGCAAAGGUCUUGAUUUAUUUGAAAUUAUGAAUCCGGAAGUAAUACCACAUGAGAAUAUCAUCGAUGUACCUUACCCACAUGAUGAUAUUGGAUGUGAAAACAUCAUUGCUGUCCGUGAACACAAAUUCGCGUUCCCACCAUCCUAA